AGUUGAACCGCAUCUUUUGUGCCGCAUACAACAAAGUCAAACUUUGAAAUCGACAAAAUUUUUCGUGAAAAAUUAAUGAAUACAAUCGGGGUGUUUACAAAUAUAUUUUGACUAAUUAAACAGAAAGAAAAGAUUUCUUAUCAGCAUACUAGCAACAGAUAGAAUUUCAAGAUGUUCUCGAAAUAUCCCAGUUUACUUCAGAUUUAAUUUAGUAAACAAUUCAAGUAGGUCAACGACUGAAAAUCGGAGGAAAAAAAUAAAAUGCACGGUUCAGCAGGUUUACAUUCAGCUUUGGCAAUCAAACGCCAAAGGCGACACCGUGAGCAAGCUAAAAAACGAGCUGCCGAAAGAAGAUUAUCUUUAAGAACCAAUAGUACAGAUAGUAUCGAACACCCACCGCGAAGAGGAAGUUUCCAUCCUCCAAAUGAUAAUACUCUAGCUACUUCAAUUGGUAUGCUCCAUCUUGGUGUGUGUUUUGUGGUACUGGGACUCUUUUUGAUAGGAUCCGGUCUACUUCCCGAUGACCUAUUAACUUGGAGAGGUGGCGGUUGGUGGAACGAAUUAGUACUUACAGGAAUAUUUGUACUGGUAAUAGGACUAUUCUUUAUUAUCCUAAAUAGAAUCAUUAGUAAGAAAGAGGAAGACGAUUUAGAAAAUUACGUAUCGUGUCAACUCACCCGCUCCAGAAGUGGACACAGGCUUGAAAGAGACGUAGAAACCGGUUGUUUAUCCACGAAGAACCAUAUACGACUUCUCGAAAAACAACGAGAGGAUAAAUUGAGAGGUUUGAACGACGUAGUUCCAACUCAUAAUAAAGUACCUCCGGCAGAUGGAGAAAUUUACCUUGAAAAAAUUCUCGAAGAAGAAAUUAAUGAUAAAGAUAACGAAACUAAUCGAAACUUUGAUCAUAAAGAAACUAUGUCCACUACGACUACUGCCAGUUUAAGCCCUGGCACUCCUUCUGAAAUCAGGGAAUUGAUUUCGAACGGUAGGCAGUAUAGUUUUAAUUCUAGACAGUACUAAAUUGAACAAGCUGUGAUUUUAUUCAACUUAUUGUUAAUCUAGGUAAUGAAAAAUCUCAUUUGAUUGUCUAUGAAAAUGAGAUUAUUAUUAUUAUUAAAUCGACAUUAUUCGAGAAGAGUAGAUACGCAUUAUAAAAAUUUUAUAAACAAUUUUCGUACACAAGGUAAGUCACCUGUAAUUUUAUGUUAUUUGUAACCAUACAGGAUGUUCUGAAAGUUUUUAAACAAAACAAACAUGUUGUUUUAACAUCGAACGCCUAUUAUAUAAUUUUACAAGGUGUAUCCACAGAGUAAAGUCGUUUUGGUUAUAUAAAAAAAUGUAUAUAGAUAUAAGAAAAAGAUUUAUUGUACAAUAAUCUAGAAUUGUUAAACUAAUUUUAUACAUAGCUUCUGGAAUUUUGUAGGAACUUGUCGUAGCAUGACAAAAGUUGUUCUUAGCUUUAAUCAUGUUAUUUCAUAUCGUCUUCAUCAUUGAAAUGUUGAUAAUCAAGGAAAGAUUUUAGGUUUAAGAAGACAUAAAAGUCACCGGGAACGUGGCUUAGGCUGUACGGAGGAUGAUCAGGCAUUAUCGUGCAGAAAAUGACACCUUUUGACAGUGAUUCUUAUUUCUUGGUCUGUAUUGCGUGGUGCAAUUUCUAAAUAAACAUUUGCGUUGUGUUUUUGGGCUUGUGAUCGGAAAUUAAUCAGCAAAAUGCCUUUUCUAAACUUAAAAAAUAAUGCAGAUAUAAAUUUCUAGGUACAAUAAUAACAAACUAUAGCAAAGAAUCGUAGAAAAAGUUUUUUAACGACUAUUAGGACAUCCUGUAAGGUUGAAAAUAAUUUAUUAAUGUUAUCCGUACCUAGUUAUUACUAGAAACCAUAUAAAUAUAGGUGAUUUACCCUGUAUAAAUAUCUAAUCAACAAUAUUGUAAUUAACAUAUCGAGUUUGGACCAAUGAACUAGAUUUACGUACUUCUUGGAAUUUAAGUUAAAAGAAAAUUCGUGGUUUAUUGAAUAAUAAAAGAAAACUACAUAUCAGUCAAUCAUAUGUACACAUUCUCUUCACUAAUUAACUUUAGCAAAAGGAUGGUGUACACUACAAGUAGAAUACUAGUUUACAGUAUAUCUGUUGCUGAAGAGAUUUCAGCUGUUGCAUCAACUAGGAAAAACUAUCAAUAAGUCCAACACCUAUAUUUUUAAUUGUAGCCGAAGGUCUUCUACAAGCUUAAUAUACGAGGGUCGUUGUUUUUUUAACCUCCGAUCUCUCCGUGCAGACGCUACGCGAACAGAAAAAAGCGGGCAUGCGUUGUAGGCGACUGCGAAGCACUCGCACUACACACUCCGCCUUUGUUGACAUUCAUGCGUCAGUCGGCGUUGUGCUACAGCCACGUAAACAUGUUCGCCAUUAUUGAUGCUCUCGCCAAUUGUGAAUUGCGAAGUGUGAUUCGUUUGCUACAGGCUGAAGACUAUAGCGCUGCAGAGAUCAAUCGGAGAAUAAGUGAUGGUGUUGUGCGUGAAUGGUGUUUAAAGAUGGUCGUAAUGAUGUGCAUUAUGCCGCGUCAUGUCGACCUGUCGUUUCAGAUGAUCUGGUUCAACGAGUUAACAGAAUGGUUGAAAAAAAACCGCAGAUUUACCAUAUCUGUUUUAUCUACGGAAUUUCCAGAAGUUUCAAGGUCUGUUUUGGCAUUGGCAUUGGCGGCAACUUUUUUUGAAGAAGGUAUUGAAAAGCUUGUUCAUAGAUAUGACAAAUGUCUAAAUCUCUUCGGUGAUAAUGUUUUAUAUGAACUUGUCUUUUAUUUAUAGCCUAUCGGAGGUUGAAAAAAAAACGUCCCUCGUAAUUUCAAGAUUUUUAUUUCUGAGAAAAUUCUGCAUCAACCUUUUAGUUUUAACGCAGUGACGGAAUUUCUACAUUAAAUAUCUAUUAUUAUCUAAUUUGGGGGCUUUAAUCUUUUCUUUAGAGAGAUGGGGAAAUUUUUGGCUAAUGCAAUUCUAUCUAGUGAUUUAACAAACUGUUUCAUGGUACCCAAUAUAAAACAAAACAGAGAAAUAAUCUGAAAAUGUGGAAUUGAGUGUUUGAGUGUUUUCUUGCAUCAUAUCACAACCAUGAUUGAAACAUGAAUCUAUUUUUACAUAAAUAACAAUAAAAAAAAUGGACUGAGAAGUACUAGCUCCAAAGAAGACGAAGACUGUUUCGUCAAUGAACAAGAUCAUGAUAUCGUUUUUUUUUUUUUCAUAUAAUUAUCAUUGAAUACAUUUAAAAAGAAUAAUAUUUCGAGCUCAAUAGAAAUAUUAGUUGGAAAUUUAUGAUUAAAUUGCUAUGCUAUGCUGAAUUUAACCCCUUCGAAUCAAAAUCCGUUCCCAAACUGGUCUUUGUUGGAUCGGAUACUUCGGAGACAGUCUUGUCUUUUAUUUACAGUUAUGAAGAAUUUUCUUUUCACUUGAAUAUAUUAAUCAAAAGCAAAUUGUCCGAAAAACAACGUUAAAAUAGUUAAUCACGUAACUAGUUUUGAAAAGAACGAUAUUAAUCCAGAAGUGUGAUAUUUGGCAGAGAAUUUUGCAAAUAACGCUCUUUUCAUAACAUGUUUACGUACAAUAUUUUAUCUAAUUCUGCGCUAUCGUUAUAUUUAAUAAAAUCUUCAAUCAAUGAAAAUGAAAAUAUUGAUGUGGAAACAAAUGUAGAGGGUAGUUUGAUACCUAAAAAAAUCAAGAAGUACAUGUCCUGGCCUACUAAAAAUUUUAAAAACAUAAAGAACGUCAUUGAAAAUUUGAAAACAAUAAAGGCGUCGACUUUGUGGAUAACAUAUUCAAUGAGUGCGCAAAAAUUUCAAUAUCAAGAAGUACACAAUGCAUUUGACUUGGCUGAAGCAGCAAGAUACCAUGCAAAAGAUUUUGACGAAGGAGAAUGUAGAAAGAUUUAUAAAAGAGGCUAAAAGUAUUUAUAUUUGUGAUACGUCUUAAUUUACGAUAUGUUCGUAAUUUAUUAUUAAAUAAAUCAGCACCUUAGGUCGCAAUGAUAAUAGGGAUUGCAGGAGCCUGGAAAGCUGAAUUGACGUUUCUUCGAGAAGAAGACGUAUUUGAUGAAGGCACCUUCUUCAAAAUUAUAAUUCCAGAAAGCAAAACACACAAUAUUCGCGAAUUUGUGGCCACUGCUGGCAAUAUUGCUGAUGUCAAUUUUUUUAACUUCCUCAAAAAGUAUAGAAAGAUUAGACCUCUUGCUGUAAAGCACGAAGGAUUUUUUGUGUGAUAUUAUAAUGGAAAAUGUGGCAUACACAUGACAUUGUUUGAGAUGCUACUCAGCUUCUCUCUUGGCAGACUUAGGAGCGGAUAUUCCGAAAAUAAAGCAACAGGGAGGAGGGAAAUCUAAUAGUGUAGUCGAAGGCUAUGCUCAGAGCUCAUUAGAAAAUAACAGAAAAAUGUCAGAAAAUAUUCUGGGUCAAGCCCCUAGUAUACAUGUAGUUAUCACAGCUUCAAAUGAAAUUAACAUAAGACAAAAAGAGAAUAUUAACGCUAUAAAUGAACUUACUCCAAAUAACUCUUAAAUAAUAAUGUUUUCAGCGGAGAGUACAAUUUUCGUGGCGCCGCGAUUUAACAGCGGAUUAAGUAGGCCAAAAUAAAUUGAAAUUUUUUGAUAUCUCAGUUCGUUUUCGAGAUAUCGAUACUUAAAGUUAUAAUCAAACGUUAGUUCAAAAUUCAAUUUAUUGAAAAGAAGGCGUUCAAUACUGCGUUUCAAAUGAAUAUUUUAUCACUUCAAAUUCAAUAUAAAUGUUGUAAUUCAAUAAACAAAAGAUUUUUUAUUCAAUUUUCAUAUUAUUUACCCUGAUACACCAAAAUUAUAUCGAAAAAAACAGAUUUUUAUAACAAAAUGAGACAUUUUUGAUGACUUUUACCACUUUGUGUUGAAUAUAACUUAAUAUACGAUAAAUACGUGAAUAAUUAGAUGUUUUUCAUAAAGAAUUGUCGGUUGUUUUUCAUUAUUUAUAAAAUAAAAAACAAUAUUCAAUGAUAGUUUGAAGAUUUAAUUAGUAAUUUAAUGUAAAAAUAUCCUCUUUCGAUCAAAAAGUACGUUCUGAAUGCUUUCAAGAGUUAUUUAUUUUCAUUUGUUUUAUAAUUAAAAAGCCAGACUACUAUAGUAUUUCACAAAAUCAACCGAAUAAGAAAAAUCGUUCCAAAUCUACCCGCUCCGAAUUUAUCUGCCCGCAAAAAAAAAUAGUGAUAAAAUAAAACUAAAAUAAUCCUCACGCGAAAAAAAAUUUACGAUUUUUGAACUUUUUACACUCAAAGUGCACCACGAAAAGGUUAUGUUAGGUUAGGUUGAUGUAUACAAAUAUUAAAUAAAAAUAAUAUAUUUCCAACUUCAAGUAUCGAUAUCUCGAAAACAAAGCGAGAUAUGGAAAAAUUUUAUUCUUCAUUUUCGACUUAUUUUGGAUCUAUUUACAAAAUGGCAUAGCCAGGCGUCACGGAAAUCGUAAUCAUGCCUGUUUUCAAUGUUUGAAAUACCAUUGAAAUCAAAUAAUGAGUUAAUUGUGACUUUUUACAGUAAAUAAAAAAUUAUUCUUUAGCAGUUUGUACAUAGCUACUUUUCAUAACUGUUAUAUGAAGGUUAUGAAAAAUGAAAUGUCCAGAAGUGACUAAAAAUGUCACAUUUGAUAGCGGAAUUAGAUAAAUUUAUAUAUAUUUAUAUCACUAGGUCUAGUAUAUACUGAAUCAUACAUAGUUAAAAUGUAUUGGAUUCUAAAUUUGCUCCUGUAUCUACUCUUCUGUAAUAGAAAAUUAUGUAUAACAAAAAACACUUUUGUAAACGUAAACAGUUUUUAAUUGUGAUCUUUGCAAUUUCCUCAAAAAUUUUGAGACAAAAAGAAUUAAAACAAACCAGAAUUGAAACCUAGCAAAAAAAUUGUUCUAAAUGGGUUUCAAAAUAGUGCUUUCUACAACUGAAUGUCAAAAAUCAUACAAAAGGGACGUUUUUCUACUUAUAUAUACACAUUAUGGUUACGUCCCUUAUUUCUGUUGUUUUCUAUAUCUGAAAAAGAAAUUCGUAUUAUGAGGGUUGUUCAUAAAUUUAGUCUAACGAUGCUCACACUUUCUCAAUCCUUCCAAAUAAUGGCUGCUGUCUUUCUCCUUAAAAUAGAUGUUUACUUACUUAUCGUCUGAUGAAAAUAUCUCCUUCGAGUGAAAAUUUAAAGCUAGAAAACAGGAAAUAGUCACAAGGGGGACCAGAUGAAAACAAUCCUUUGACUUUAGUUAGUGUAUAGUUUAGUUAGUGGUGAAUUUAAUAACAUAAUAAACAGAGAUCGCGUAUCUCCUUGUUAUCAAUCUCUACAUCAAUCUAAAAACAUUUUUUUUAUCAAGAAAAGUUAUUAAGAAUUCUUCCAGCUUGUGACAAAACACUAACAGAUUCCAUAGAAAUUACUUUGUGGAACUACUAGAUUUGAAGCAGAUGCAGCAACAUGAAAAAGAAGAAUUGAAUGUGGUAAAUAGGAAUUGAUAUACUGGUAAACUUAAGAAGUAAUGGCAUCUCAGAAUUAACCCAAUUGCAAACGAAAGUCAAGUUUUAUUACACUACAAAGAAACAAGCUUAUUCGGCACUUGUAGAUGUAAUAGACUAAGAAUUAGAUAACUCACAAGGAUAGGAAGUUAAUUAUAGAAAAGAAUCGAGCGCAAAUAACAUUUACCUAGCGUUAAGAAAACAUAUCAGUAGCUAGAAAUUCUUAACCAAGAAACGGCUUAUUCCAACGCGUUCCAACAAAAAUAUGACAUAGCAAUUAAAGUUAUAUUGAAGCUGCACUAUUCAAUACAAUAUCUAGAUAGGCAUGAAGGCAGUUACAUAAAUAAACAAAACAAAAAAAUUUACAGAACAAGAAACGAUGUAUAAAAGUAUAAAAAUACGAUUUCUAAAGACUUAAAGGUCGAUAAAUUUACUUGACGUCGAUCUGUAUCCGAAAGAUAAGUGCUAUAAUUAUCGAUAUGCAUAACCCACGCGCAUCCUAAGGCCAGAGACAGAAAGAACAAUAUAUGAAAAGAAAAUAUACAAUGAAGAUAAACGAGAAAAAAAAAUGAUAAUACGAGGGCUUUUUUUCAACCUCCGAUCGCACCGUGUAGACGAUACCCUGUAGGCGAAGCUCUCGCACUACAAACUCCGCCAUUGUUGACAUACAGGCGUUAGUCGGCGUUGCGCUACAGCCUCGUAAACAUGUCCACCAUUAUUGUUGCUUCCGCCAAGUGUGAAUUGCGAUGUGUGCUUCGUUUUCUACAGUCUGAAGGCCACAGUGGUGCAGAAAUCUAUCGGAGAAUGAGGAAAACUUCAUAAAUGAUGGGCGUGACUGGUGUCGACAGUUUAAAGAUGGCCGUAAUGUUCAACGAGUUGGCAGAUUGAUUGAAGAAAAUCUCAGAUUCACCAUUACUGCUUUGUCUAUAGAAUUUCCAGAAGUUUCAAGGUCUGUUUUGUACUCUACUAGGAUUGAAUGCUGGCAACUUUCUUUGAAAAGGGUAUUGAAAAGCUUGUUCAUGACAAAUGUCUCAAUCUCGGUGAUUAUGUCGAAAAAUAACCGCAAAUGAAUGUUUGGUAUGCCUUGUCGUACAAGCUAGUAAUCGUUGUAACUUUCUUUAUUGAAGAAUCGUUAAAUUGACAUACUUACUUACAAACUAUCAUGUGUUUGAAUCCUUCAAUAAAGUUGUUAAAAUCACUUAACAUUAUGUAAUAAUGACCCCUAUCAAUGCCAGAUUUUUGGUUAAGGAAUGAUUUUUUAAUGGCUUUAAUGGUAACCAAAGAAAUCAAAAAAAUUAAAUAACGUAAAACGACAUUCGCUGUCAUUAUUAGUGUUUAUACUUGUGAAAUUUAGUGGUAAUUGGUGUUGAAUGCUCUUAAGAAAUGGAGGUGGAUCGAAAUUUGACAUCAAUUCCUACAGAGCUCGCAGAAUGUCGUAAUUCGGGAUCACCGAAAAAGAGCAGAAGUCUGUAUCAAAAAACGGAUGCCAAAUUUAUAUCUUGGUGCAAUAAAAUGCAAUAAGAAACAAAAAAGCAUUUGAAGACAGUUUUGUAAUAAAAUUAUUGUUUUGUAUGAAUUUAUCCUAUCGGAGGUUGAAAAAAAAACGUCCCUCGUAUCAAAAUUGAACAACUGGACUGGGUAGACUGAGAGGACGAUAAAGAGAAAGUGAGCAAACCAAAUAAGAGAAGACAUUGAAAAAUUGAAGACGUUAGAUACAAGAUCAAUAAUAGAGGAGAAUGUACCAGAAGUUAAUAGUCAUAAAACUUAAAAAGAAGAGGGAAUAAAAGUAUAAGAAGACAUGCGGAGUGAUUCACCGCAAUAAAAGAAGGCGCGUCCCAAUUUUCGUUCCAAACUGUUUCCUUUAAAAGGGAUUGUAUUCGCUAGAGGGGGAUGUACAUUUAACUAAAAACUUGAAUAUAAGUUAACAUUGAAAAUGUAAGUAUGAAAGAGCUUACGAAGUGAUAUCUAAUCUUAUGUAUCGAUAAAUGGUAUGUUAAAUAUUAUAAUCAUAUUAAUGUGGGCUUGACCAACUAUUUAAACGUUUUAUAAAAGUGUUAAAUAUAUUAUCUUGCGUUUAAGUUGAGUCACGUUGGGGUUUUCCCUCAAAAUCAAACGGAAAGAGUUGAAAAUUAAUACAAACUUACAUUUUCGUACUUUAAAUGUUCUUACAAGAGAUCAUGAGUUAUUCAAGGUGAAAGAUAUAAACCAGUUUGUUUAAAAAGCUGAGUUUAAAACUCUAACUUAUAGAUUGAGCUCUGACGAAGAGGAGUUCUUAACCGUACAUGUAUUAGCAUAAAGUCUUGAAUAUACGUUAAAUUUCCUAUCAGAAUUUGAAAAUAACAUUUAACGUGCGAAAAUAAUAAUAUACAGGGUGGCGCAACAGAACGUGUAGGCUAAAAAAUAAAUACAUAAGGUAUUGUUGAAACAAAAUAUUUGAUGAUUAGAUAAUUAAAUGAAGUUUAUUUUUUAAAAAUAAAAUCAUCUAAAUGACGGCCCUCUCGAAGACGGCACCUCUUUAAACGCGAACGCAUAUUUGUGAAAACUCUUGUCAAUAAAUCUGGGGUGAUUGCUGCAUGGUGGAUAUUUUCCUUUAGCUGACUGAUUUCCCUCGGAUUGUUCAUGUAGACUUUAUGUUUGAGGUAUCCCCACAAAAAAAAUCAAGUGGCGUCAAGUCAGGGCUACGUGGGAGCCAAGGAAUAUCACCUAUUUUGGAAAUUAGUCUUGCAGGAAACAUCUGUCUCACUGCCGCCAUAGAGUCAUUUGAUGUGUGACAGGUCGCUCCGUCUUGUUGGAACCAAGUUCUCGUAUUCGCUAUUCUUGAUCUCGCAAGUUCUGGAGUCAAAUAUCCCUCCAACAUUGCAGCAUAGCGAUCGGUGUUAACGUGGAUGUUUCGUUCUCGUGAAUCUUCAAAAAAGAAAGUGUCAAUAAUUCCUUUGCUUUAAAACCGUCGAUCGCUUCCGAGUAGACACUGAGGAUUUUUUCGUAUUAGCUCCUUCACCCUAUCAAUAUUGUCUGUGGUCCUAGACAUUCUUGGACGACCUUUUGGUGGUGGUUUCAACGUGGAACCGGUCUCCUGAAAACGCUUGAACACAAAAAGUGCGACGCUUUCCGUCGAAGUGACUCAUGGCUACUAAAACUCCACGAGUACAACUUUCCAACUACGCACCACUCACCGUUUACCUCGCGAAUAAAGAUGAUGCAAUAUGCACGUUCUAUUGCACCACCCUAUACAAAUAUUCUUCUUAUUCCGUUUCAAUUUAAGAACGACUUUUCUUUAGCUUCAGUGGCUGCACUAUAUCGAAAUAACGUAACGAUAUUUUCAGAAAAUUUUGUUUUUCACAUUUCUGUCUAAUGUACUUAGAUAUUUUUUUUAUAACAUUACUAAGCUCUCUGUUGAAAGUGCUGAUAAUUAUAGUGCUCUUAUGAAGUACGGCAUUUUGAGACCAAGUCUCAAAUGAGCCCUUAAAUAAAGGUCUGAUUUGAUGCCGUGGAAAUCGACAUAUGUCGAAUAAAAAGUAUUUGCUAAAUUCAAUAAAUAAGAAGAUGAAGAAAGUGGGUAGGAUAAUCACUAAACAGGAAGGUACACUUUGCAUUUUAUUCAAUAGUUGCCGAAAAAAAAAGUUUUUGGCUUUUCAGUAGCCAGUAAAUGAUAUUCCUGGACUUUCAGAAGCAUCUGUCCUCAUAUAGCCCAUUUUGAAAGUAUAGAACCGUUUACAAAUCAUUCUAAGGGCUUCAGUAUAAUAUUUACGUAACUUGUCCUCUGUUUCCGCGUCAAAAAUUGUUUUUGGCUUUUCAUUAGCCAGUAAAUGACACUCCUGAGCUUUCAGCAGCAUCCGUGAUCAUAUAGCCCAACUUUUCAAUUGCUUCCACGUCAAAAAUUGUUUUUGACUAGUUACUCUUCUUCAUAUAAGUACGAGCAUACGAUCGUUUAAAAGAAAAGGCUCUGUAAAUACACGAGGAAGAACUAUUCACAUAAAUAAAGGGAAGCUGAAACUAUGAAGGAAGCAGAUGAUCAGUGACGUCCAGUAGGGGAUUUACCAGUAGGCAGAUUAGGCGGCAGAUCACAAGGAGCGGCAAACUUCGUCCGGCAAUUUUUCAUUUCAGUUCACAAGAAUGGAAAUAAUUCACACCGUAAAGUAUUUUGAAGAAAUUGCGAUGGAAUUAAGCGUAUAAAAGAUUUUGGCCGCUAAUUAUUGCAUCAGAUUUAAUACCUUUUCCAUUGUCUCAUAUUCCAGUUACCAAGAGACCCAUAAAGAAAUUUCUAUUUCUUAGAAAAUUGAGUGAGUUUUUACCAUGGGCUCUAACCGAAAAGGUAGUUUCCUGGAAAAUUGUUUACCAAUGAUUUAGAAUCGGAAUUAGUUCAGGAACGCGUACACUUACAAAGCUACUAACUUUCAUUCAGAUGAGAGAAGCUUUUCUUGUUUUAUGCAUAGAGUCAGAACUAAUCAACAAUUUUCCGUACAUAACAUAAUUUUGAUUUUUUUAAACUGUGAAUCGUAUGCAUCAAAUAUACUCGUUGCGUAAUGUCUUUAGAAGAUUCUUUAAAGAUUGGUCGCCUACAGGUCAAUCUUUAUCUGCCACUGGUGUUGUCAAAAAUAUAACCUCUUAAUUAUACAUAGGCCUAUUCAAAUAGCUGUCACUUGAAAACAAAUAUGGCUGAUAGACGACACGCACAUUUUACUUCUGUUUAAUCUACCCACCUCAUUUGAAUCGAAAAGCUGUAAUGUAGAAAAUUCACAGUUAUAUCUAAUACUUAAAUACAAUAAUCAAUCCUGUCUUUGUAAAAGGAAAGAUGCUUGAUGAAACCUAAUUUUUUUCACAGACUACUUCUGUCCGGAGUCUCAACCCUAAUUGGGCAGAGUUUAAUUUGAUAUUAUCUUUUUAUAAAAGAAUCUAUUAAGGUUUUACUAGAAAAUACUCCAAAAAUAAGUACAGAAAAUGUUCCAGGUUACACUAAAAGAGUUAAGCACGCUGUUUGUUGUCCAGCGGCCAUAUUAGUGGAGUAAUGCUCUGGAUUGUACUAUCUUUAUAUAAUUAAUCUGCUUUAAACAGGAUUUUAAUCCAGUGAAUAUCGUAAAAUAUUACAAGAGAGCUAUAUAAAAACAGUAUCUAUGUAUUUGACACUAAAUUUUACACUCUAAUACGCUUUAAUAAUUAUGAAACUUUUAUAUGUUCAAAGUACCUUUUUUUAUCUAAAUUUGAAUGUUGGUAAUUUUUAUAUUUAAUAUUUAUAUAUUAAUGUACCUAUAUGCACUUUCUAUGAGAAUAAAACAAAUAAUA